GCUAUUGACUAUUGAGUGACGAAUUUUCUGGCCGAGCGAUGGUGAUAGUUUUUAUGAAAUCCUCUCUGAUACAUAGACUUUAUUAUUAUCCUCUUGGCUUUCCGGACUCCGGUCUGCUUUUGUAACGAUUUAAAAUAUUCCUUGGGCCACGCCCAACCUUACUCGAAAGAAUCUAAAUUCUAAUAGCUAAACUGGGUAAAACGCACCGGAAACAUUGACAAUCUUUGUUGAUAAUGCAGUGUUGUGUGCCUUACUGCAAUAAUAGUUCCGACAAUGUGUCCCCAUCAGAGAGGAAGCGGAUUAGCUUUCACAGUUUACCCAGUGAUGUGUGUCUCCGUGCUGCUUGGCUCAGAGCCCUCGGCAAACAAGACAACCACCUAGAAGACCCUGCUGUGGUUUGCUCUGAGCAUUUUCUAGCUGAAGAAAUUUAUGAAACAGAAAGUGGCUUAAAGCAGAUUGUUACCGGUGCUAUUCCUUCAACGGUGCAGGUUUGCAUGAUAUGUCUAGACACUGACAGCAAGAUGUUUCUGAUGAGUAAACACAAAUUGCAAGAAGCAUAUGAAAAGUUAACUGGCCAGCCUUUGUAUGAUCAAGGAAACUUAAAACAAACAGUUUGUGUACAAUGUGCUCAGAGAUUAAUAAACUUCAGUCGAUUUAGAGACAAAAGCUUGAGAGCCCGGGCACUGAUGAUGGACUUAGUUGAAAAACUCGAAUUAAUUACAAGACAAGAUAUAAAAAUGAUAAACCGUACAAAAAAUCAUCUGAAGAGUAAUUUUGUGGUGACAAUGCUGGGACCGGACCCCUGUGACUUGUACAUACUAGAAAAUUCUUCGGAAGACAAACAGACAAAAUCAGGGACAUUCGAAGUUAAAGUGAAAAAAGAAGAAAGUUUUGACUCGAUGUGGAUUGAUGAAGACAUGGGAGUUUCAAAUGAUGAUGACAAAAAAGCAGUCAAUGUCAAACAUGAGUUUGUUGCGUCUAAUCAAGAACACUUUACUGGCGCCCAUAUAAAAAUGGAACCAGGUCUACUGUAUAAUGCUCUUUGCAAAGCUCCCGAAAGAAACCGAACAGUUCCUGGACAAGUGGUUGCUACAGAGGUGCCUUUGAAGUGUGAAAGAGAUCCAUUCCAAUACACUGUUUGUUUUGAGGAGUUAAUCUGUGAACAUGAGUCUAUGCGGAAUUUCCAGAACAGUGAUGGAGACCGUGGCAUGUCUCAAGUGUGCAAGCCUCAUACAGCUGUGAGCUCUAGCUCCUCACACUCUUCACUCCUCACAGAGAACAAGCAGCCCAAUCAGAAGCUGAACGAUGGCCCUCUUCGUUCCACUGACUCUGUUCUAACCUCUGUCGAUCCGUUGUCCGGGGAACACACUACGAAUAGUGAAAACAAAGUUCAAGCCGAAGACGCUGUUACAGUCCAGAAAAAUGAACGAGUGGUUAAAAUAAAAAAAUGUCAUUCUUUCACUGAUUUGUCCGCGGGACUUGCGUCGAAUAACGAAAACAAAGUGCAAGCUGAAGACGCCGAUACAGUGCACAAAAGUCAACAAGUGUUUAACAUUGACAAUCGUGGAUUAUCCAACCAAUCAUCCGAUACCAACAGUAUCCCAAACUUUAAUGAUAGCCUACUGAGGCCUCAGAGAACUCGAACUAGUAAAACUAAAAAGCAAUAUUCUUGCGAGUUAUGCGACUAUAAAUCUUUUCGAAAAGCUAAUUUAGUGAGGCAUGUAAGAACUCACACUGGUGAAAAUCCUUUUUCUUGUGACGUAUGCGAGUACAAAACUGCUCAUAAACCUCAUUUAAUCAGGCACAAGAGAACUCACACUGGUGAAAAGCCAUACUCUUGUGAGUUAUGCAAAUAUAAAACGGCUCAAAAAACUAAUUUAAUAAAUCACAUAAGAACUCACACUGGUGAUAAGGUAUUUUCUUGUGACGAAUGCGAGUACAAAACUGCUCAUAAACCCCAUUUAGUGAGGCACAAGAGAACUCACACUGGUGAAAAGCCGUACUCUUGUGAGUUAUGCAAAUAUAAAUUUGCACGAAAUGGUGAUUUGGUGAGGCACAUGAGAACUCACACUGGUGAAAAACCUUUUUCCUGUGAGUUAUGCGAGUAUAAAACUGCUCAAAAAAGUCACUUAGGAACUCACAUGAGAACCCAGCACUAGUUUAAGCCCUUACGCUUGUAACUAUUCCCUACUGAUUAUUAUUAUUAUUAAUUCUGUUCUAAGGGGAUCGCAUUCAAAGAGACUCCAUUAGAUGCAUGCUACACAUAUCCAUAUUCCAUACUAAUACUAUAAAUACUUUAGAUCUGUCUUUCUGUCUGUCUUUUUGCUUCUAUCCUGCCCAUCUGUUUAACCGAUUUUAACAAAACUUGGUACAUAGAUAGUUUGCAUCUUGGAUUAGGUAGGUAUCACCUAGUCUAUAUAUUCUUCUCCAGAAAAUAUUGUAGUUCCCCAGGGUUUAUUCGGAACCUUCACAGUUGAAUAGUACCUAAUACG